GGUCAGGAAGGGCGCGCUCGUUGGCCCCCGGAGGGCUGCCCGCCUGUCGCCCAGCCCCAGGACCAGGACUGUCUCCAGAGCCACCUCCAGCCCCAUGUCCCUGGCGCCCCCUGUGCUGCAGAGCAGCUGCUCCACGCCCCAGGGUCCCAGGACGAGCGGCCCAGUGGACGGGAAGGACAAGGCAGCAGCGAUGCCCGACUCUCCGGCCGAGGUGAAGACGCAGCCCCGCUCCACGCCCCCCAGCAUGCCGCCCCCGCCGCCUGCCGCGUCCCAGGGGGCUGCUCGGCUCCCGCCCUUCACGCCCCACACAAUGAUGAACGGCAGCCACUCGCCCACGGCCGUCAACGGAGCGCCGUCCACGCCCAGCGGCUUCAGCAAUGGCCCGGCCGCCUCGUGCUCCGCCUCGCUGUCCACGCAGCAGCUGCCCCCGGCCUGCGGUGCGCGGCAGCUCAGCAAGCUCAAGCGCUUCCUCACCGCCCUGCAGCAGUUCGGCAGCGACAUCUCCCUGGAGAUCGGCGAGCGCGUGCGCACGCUGGUGCUGGGGCUCGUGAACUCCACGCUGACCAUCGAGGAGUUCCAUUCCAAGCUCCAGGAGGCCACCAACUUCCCUCUGCGUCCGUUCGUCAUCCCCUUCCUGAAGGCCAACCUCCCCCUGCUGCAGAGGGAGCUCCUGCACUGUGCCCGCCUGGCCAAGCAGACCCCCGCCCAGUACCUGGCCCAGCAUGAGCAGCUCCUGCUGGACGCCAACGCCUCCUCCCCCAUCGACUCCUCGGAGCUCCUUCUGGAAGUCAACGAAAACGGCAAGAGGAGGACACCUGACCGGACCAAAGAGAAUGGGUCAGACCGUGACCCGCUGCCCCCCGACCACAUCAGCAAGCGGCCGUGCACCCUGAGCCCCGCCCAGCGCUACAGCCCCAGCCACGGGCCGCCGCAGCCCACGCCGCCGCCGCACUACCGCCUGGAGGACAUGGCCAUGGCCCACCACUUCCGGGACCCCUACCGCCACCACGAGCCCCGGGAGCUGCGGGAGCGCCAUCGGCAGCUCGCGGUACACGGGUCCCGGCAGGAGGAAGUGAUCGACCACCGCCUCACGGAACGGGAGUGGGCAGAGGAGUGGAAGCACCUCAACAACCUUCUGAACUGCAUCAUGGACAUGGCCGAGAAGACACGGCGGUCCCUGACGGUGCUGCGCCAGUGCCAGGAGGCCGACCGCGAGGAGCUGAGCCGCUGGGCCCGGCGCUACAGCGACUCCGAGGACACCAAGAAGGGCCCCGGGCCUGCCGCCGCCCGGCCCCUCAGCAGCUCCGUGGGCGCAGAGGGCUCGCAGCUAGACGCCCACCGGGAGUUCAUGCCCAGGACCCUCUCUGGCUACAUGCCUGAGGAGAUUUGGAGGAAGGCUGAAGAGGCUGUGAAUGAGGUGAAGCGACAGGCCAUGUCCGAGCUGCAAAAAGCUGUGUCGGACGCCGAGCGGAAGGCCCACGAGCUCAUCAGCACGGAGCGCGCCAAGAUGGAGAGGGCCCUGGCGGAGGCUCGGCGGCAGGCCUCCGAAGACGCCCUGACCGUCAUCAACCAGCAGGAGGACUCCAGCGAGAGCUGCUGGAACUGCGGGCGCAAGGCCAGCGAGACCUGCAGCGGGUGCAACGCGGCGCGCUACUGCGGCUCCUUCUGCCAGCACAAGGACUGGGAGAAGCACCACCACGUGUGCGGCCAGAGCCUGCAGGGCCCCGUGGCCGCCGUGGCCGACCCGGGGCCCGGACAGCCUGACGCCACCUCCGGCCUGGGCCCCUGCCCGGCCGUCGACCCCUCGGCCACCACACCCUCCGGGCCCACCGGCUCCGGCCCCCUGGGAGCCGGACACUGCUGCUGCUGCUUCUCUCCAAAAGAAAAUGGAACCGACACAAACUGCAUCAACGCAACCUCCUCAGCAACCUGGCGGCGCCCCCGCCUUGACCUCGAGCUCCGCAGAGACCUCCCGCUGAGCUUCAGCCAGCAGGGCGCCGUGGCCGUGGCCCGCAAAAGCAAGGACGAGUCUGGGAUCUGGGCUCUCGCUGAGGCCGUGGAAGGCUGCCCUCCCCAAUUCAUACUUUCACUUAAUCACCACCUGUCUCUCCACCAUUCACCCCUAUACACGCCACACAUGGAUCUGUCUUCUCCAAUCGAACCUACACAGCCAGGCCUCAGUCCAUCUGCCCUGGGCACCCCUCUGUCCACCGAACCCAGAGCAGCAUCACCACGUCCCUCAGUGUUCUAAAGCUACAGGGCACUUGGAUCUCCCCGUGACCUUAACUGCCCUAAAGGAACCUGCCUGUGGGCACAGCCGGCCUCCCCCAGCGCCUCAUUGGUCCAGGCCUGCUCCAGGGACAGCUAACGUGCUGCAGGCAGUGUGAGUAGAUUGGACCAACGUCGCAGCAAUAGCUUUGGCCAGUCUGGGCCCGCCUGGCAAGUGUGGUGGCCAUGGGCCAGGAGUGCUCAUUGGGAGGUGGCCCACACACCUGCUCAGGGGCCCUGUGACCAAGGCCACCAGUCAGGGUGAGCACAUUCCCUGGCAAGACCCCAGCAUUGUGGGGCAGGCUGCCCUCUCCUGUCCUUGUCUCUGGGGGUCACCGCCUAGAGGAGGUGUGCUCAGGAGAGGGGAGGCGGGGAGAAAGCACCCAGCGCUCCUGGGGCUCAGGUUCUCCCCAGGUGCCUGUGGCUUGCCUGCCCUCUCCCGCCUUCCAUCCUGGGGGGACAGACCCGGACAGCGGAACUUGGUUGAUUGGGGGGGUGUUCUCUGGACACUAGAGGCUCAACCCCCGCCCCCGGUCCCCAUGCCACAAGGGGCAUUUUCCAACGUGAGACCGGGACCCCACCCGGUGGUCCUGCUGUCAAGGCUGCAGGAGAAAGCAGCACAAGGAGCUGGGCUGGGGGCGCCGUGACCCCUGCACCCCCAGAGAGGGCCAGCGUCUGCGCAGCACCGAUCUGCUCCCACCAGUUCCAGAAAACUCCAUCGUGCAUGCUUUCUAUUCCUUUGGUUCCCGUUCUGCUAGCCCCUGGAGUGCCACCCUGAGGACCCCCGCAGCAGUAAUGCAUCCGGACACAAACUGGAGCUUCUUACAUAUGGGAACAGAGGCGGGGGCGCCUUUGCUGUCCCCCUGGACACACCGGCCUCCACGGGCCGGGGCACGGCCACCCACAGCCUCCUGGGGACUGGACGGAUUUUCCUCUUCUUUUUUAACUCCCCAAAAGGAGUUGGACCAAAUGUUGGUGCAUUUUCCUGUAACGGGUUUUCCUCAGCACCGCGGGGCCCGUGGCAUGCCGUCCCCGCCGCGUGUCCCCUGAUGUGCUUUGUCUGACCUGGGUACUGCAAGACGUCACGACUCAGGUCACGUCCGUUAUCCGUGUCUGCAAUAAAGCAACAUUUGCCAUCACGGG